UACAAUCACCUUUCUACGUCUAUUUGGCAACUGUACUCCCCGCCAGAAAGGGCAGUGAAGUAGGUCAAUCGUUCAGACGCACUCGCUCAUUCGUUAACCAUCAUGCUUCGAGAGCGGUUGGCAUUUUUCGGCGCGCUUUGCGCAAUACUCGUCUCAAUCAAUCUCGUAACAGCAGAUUCGAACGAAUGUGAACUUCCUCCUGGACUUCGGGAAGAAAUCGCACAAUAUCAACCGGUAGUGGAUUCGAUCUUCCAGCACAUCGUUUCUGGUGAGUAUGCGGGCAAGACUUGGCAGAGUUUGCUGGAGUUUACGGAUCGGUUUGGACCACGGCUCACUGGAUCGAAGCAACUGGAGGAUGCGAUCGACUUCGCAGUGCAAGAAAUGAUCGCUGAAGGACUCGACAAUGUUCAUACCGAGGAAGCCAUCGUAUCACACUGGCAACGCGGCCGUGAAUGGGCAGAGCUGGUAGAACCAUUCCAGAAGAAUUUACCCAUGCUGGGACUUGGAAAAUCGGUUGGAACUGCACCAGAAGGCAUCCGCGCAGAAGUGAUCGCGGUGGAAUCGUUUGAAGAGUUUGAAAACUUCACCGCAGACCAAGUGGAGGGAAAAAUUGUAGUUUUUGUUCCCGCAUGGGCAGGGUACGGUGCAACGGUUCAAUAUCGAUCUGAAUCAGCAUCAGUAGCAGCAAAGAAAGGCGCUGCAGCCGUGCUGGUACGAUCAAUGGCUCCUUUCUCUAUUGGAACGCCUCACACUGGAACGCUUUCAUAUGAUCCAGAAGUGCGCCGUAUUCCUGCUGCAGCUAUAACGGUGGAAGAUGCCAUGUUGCUCUUGCGCAAGUACCGAAGAGGAGAUAAGAUGGUAAUUCAUCUGAAAAUGGAUGCCAUGAAUCUCGAUCCAACGAUAUCGCGAAACACGAUUGGCGAGCUAGAGGGCCAUACCUUCAAGAACACCUCCGUAGUGGUCGUAUCCGGUCACAUGGACAGCUGGGACGUUGGGACUGGCGCGAUGGACGAUGCUGGUGGCGUGUUUAUUUCGUGGAAAGCCGUGACAUUCCUGAAAGCGAUGGGACUAAGGCCACGGCGCACUAUUCGAGCCAUUUAUUGGACGGCGGAAGAGACAGGGUUAGAAGGUGCCGAUGAGUAUGAGAAACAGCAUUCCGAGGAUGAGAAGGACGAGUUUAACGUGUUCUUCGAGUCAGAUUCUGGAACAUUUAAACCCACUGGUCUGGAUUUCUCCGGCAACAGUGAUGCCCAGUGUAUUUUUGCUGAAAUUGCUAAAUUGAUGCCUGGCUUCAACGAUUUCACAUAUACCGAAGGAACUGUUGGAUCAGAUAUUGGAAACUGGGAAAGAAGAGGGUUUCCAGGUGUUUCCUUGCGAAAUAAAAACGAAAAUUACUUUUGGUACCAUCACUCUGAGGGCGAUACGAUGGAGUUGGAGGAUCCUGAUGAUUUGGAUAGAAGUACUGCGUUGUGGGCUGCUACUGCGUAUGUGAUUGCCGACUUAAGCAUCGAUAUUCCAAAAGAUGUAACGGAUUACAAACCAAAAUAACGACAUAAUUUAAAACAAACAGAAUGUCAUGCUUUUCAAUUACGAAGUGGACGAUUAAACAUAUACAUAUUUCAUAAA